UUUUUUUUCCAAGUCGAUGAGAAACAAAGCUACUUUACAGACAUUUAAGCAUCGCAAAUCGUUGAUAUAAUAUGAAACAUAUACAGAUAUAUGCAUUAUAUAGCGUUGGCACGAUGUCUGGCUUUUUCGGUGACUUCUAAAGAUUGUUCAGAGCAGUUUGUAGAGCCUCGGGACAUCUUAGUUGGCCCUUGCUCUUUGGAAAUCAUGGAGAAAGUGGACAUGUAUGAGGUUGUGAAAGUGACUGAGGAGGUGGAGGUCUGCUACAACGAAAUUGAAGUACCUGCUCCCAAAAAAAGGAAGAGCAAAGCUCAAGAACACAGCGCUGAGAAAACUAAGAAACCGAGGUCUGCCUACCUGCUAUACUACUUUGAUGUGCACCAGAUUUUGCAAAAGGAAAUCCCUAAUCUGCCACAGUCAGAGAUCAACAAGCGUAUCAGUGAGAGCUGGAAAAGGCUCAGUGUGGCUGAGAAAGGCUACUAUCUGGAGAAGGCCAAGGUUGAGAAGGAAGGCAUAGAUACAUCAUCUGUCAGCCCCUCCAGAGAUCUGCCAGGUUUCCGCAAAAUCCUCCCCAGAGCCAGUUACUUUCUUUUGUCUAAAGGCUGCCCCUCAAAUCAACAGGCGGGAGGCCUUCACCCAGAGGUGAGUGUGGAGUGUCUGGACCCUACAACUGAAGGAGGCUUUUCCUCGGUUUCCCUCACCCAAGAACCCCACUUCCCACCUCUUGGGUUGGGCACUGAGCUGGAACUUUCUGAGCAGCCCAUCAUUGUUGACAGCAUAGCAGAAGAAACAGCAGUGGUGUCUUGUCCCACGGCCUUCCAAGGAAUUUUACCCUCUCCUUCCUCUUCCAUGACAUCCAAUGCCCCAGCCUCCACAGACAUUCAUAUCUCACAGGGUUCUGCUGACCUGAUGGCAAAUGGAGUCAUGCUAAAAGGAAACGAGACAAGAGUUGUUGGCUGUGGUUAUGGCAGCGCAGUGGUACAACCAGUACAAGAGGAAACCACACAAGUGGUUGCCAUUAUACCCACACAGAACCUGCAGGAGACCAAGUCUUUUGCAGGUGUCAGCUCUGUGGGCCCAGUGAUGAUGGUCUCUGUAGAACAGAGUGCUAAACCUUCAUAUAAAAUGUCUGUGAAGACAUACACCAGGAGAGGUCGAGGCAGAUGUCUAAAUCCUGGCUGUUCAUUUGUAUACGUCACCCGCCACAAGCCACCAACAUGCCCUGAGUGCGGGAACCACUUGGGUGGAAAAUGGAUACCUGCCGCAAAGAAGGCAAAGAAGAAAAGAGAGAAAGAAGCGACAUCAAAGCAAUGUCCACAGAACGCUGAAACCAUAGCUAAUGAGAGCUGCCAACCCACGCCGCCCCCUGCUCUGGAGGAGAGUGCUCAUGUCAGUAAAACACACACCGCUGGGAGCAAAAAAGAAGGGCGAAUUCAGCAGUGCUCCAGAAGACAGUGUGCAGUUCCAGCUGGAGAGUCACCAGAGGGCAGCAGCACUGAGGCACAGGAACAGACAAACAGAGAAUUUAAAGACAGUACUAAAGGCACGAUAGUCCAAGGUCAAGACAGAAGCAAUGCCGUUGUACAAAAGAGGCCUGUGAGACCCAUCCUCCCUGCCUACUAUAGCACAGGCCGUGCUCUGCUCCAGAUCAUAACUGUUCCACCUGACAAAGGAAAAACUCAGUCAGUAAACAACAACAGAUCAUCUACCGUGCCUCGAGAGAGGUUCUCAGGUCUCAAACCCAGCACUUUAAAGCAGCUCGGCCAGAUGGUCCCAGCAACCAAGCAGGAUUCCCCUGUCCAGGCAGAUGGAAGUGAAUUUGUGUCCUCACUGACUGAGAGAAGAGUGAAUAUCCUCUCAGUCGUGCCUUUCAAACAGCACUCUGUCUCCAGUUUUGUCAGUGACUUGGGACUGUCCACAGCACGAGGCAGGGGUCGCUGUAAGAACCCAUCCUGUGAUUAUAUGUAUAAGAACAGACACAAACCUGCAGUGUGUCCUAAGUGUGGCUGCGAGCUGACCCAGAAGAACACCAAGGGAGCUAAGUCUGGGACUCUUCUGGAUCCAUACCAGGCCUUGAGUCCUGCUCAGAAGGACAUCCAGCGUCAGAAUACACUGCAGCUACUGCGCCAUUCCGUGCAGAUUCCUGAAACUGAGACUGAGCUUCAGGAAACAUUAAGCCUCAUACAGGAGCUCAACAGUCUUCAGUUCAUCUUGGUUCAGUCGACUGACCAGGAGCAUCGAGGCGGCAUAGAGAUGGGGACGCUGGUAGAGUCUGGGUGGCCUCAGUUCUAUGAAUCAGCAGCUACUCACUGUGUCCUGUGUAGCUACCCUCUGUUCAAAGGAGGUCAGAGUACUGUUGCAGGACAGGUGGACUGCUGGCUGCUCACUGAGACACUGAUCCAGACAGCUUCUCUCCAGCUCAAAGUGUGUCUCAAUGUUCAGUGUCUGGCUCUGCACAGCUUCACUGACCUGCAUCCAGGUUUGUUCAACAUCGGGAACAGACUGCUGGUGAGUAUUGACCUGUUCCUGAAGAUCAGGGCCAGUAUCAAACUAGGCCAGGACCCCUCUCAGGCAGCCAGGGCUGUACUGGACCACAUCCCCAGUCACCCUGUCCAUGCUUUGAGUCCAGAGGAGUUAUCUCAAAUUCAUGAGCUUCUUCUCAGCGGCUACUGGGCCUUUGAGUGUCUGACACUGCGAGAUUACAACGAUAUGAUCUGUGGCAUUUGUGGUGUUGCACCCAAGCUGGAGGUUGCACAGCGAUACACAAACAUUGUGCUGGAACUCAAGAAUGUGGAGUUUACCUGGCCCGAGUGUUCAGUCUCUGAUGAGGUACACGUGGAUGACUUCUGGCUGACCAUGGAGAGCGAGGCUAUCGAGCAGGCAGCUUUCCCUGCAGACAUCCCUAUCACACAGGUGGAUGCUUCCAUCAUCGCUCCCUUCAUCCCUCCUCUGAUGAGGAGUCCCACUGUUAUCAACACAGAGAAGGACAAGGUGCUGUCACACACCCAGCAGCCUUCAGGAGAUCCGUCAGUUUUGGUGCGUCUCAUCCACGACGGUGAGCUGAGACUUGACAAGAUUGACGAUCACAGUGAGGAAGAGCUGAGAGCGAUGCUUGACCGCUGUGGACUGAGCAUCGCCCCAAGCUCCACUAAGAAUGAGCUGCUGGACUCUCUGAUCUCCUUGUACACACUUGUUCAUAGUGGCCUCGCCACAGCUCCCCAUCCCCCUCCACACCUCACCGCUGGCAAGCUGUCCAAAGUCUGCCCUCACAAGGUGGUGUGCGGCUCUAAGUACUUGGUGAGAGGCGAGACGGCUCGAGACCACGUGGACCUGCUGCUGUCCUGCCGCUACUGGCCCCCAGUCUAUGUUAGCGACUGUGCCCGCCAGGUGGCGCUGUGCACUGACAUGCAGCAUCCAGAACUGGCAGCCCAGAUGUGGGGCAGGAACCAAGGAUGCUUCUCUGACCCCUUUGAAAAGCCAGAGUUUGUAUCGUGUGCUGAGAUGCAGGACCAGCCAUACAGUGCUGACCUUUCUUUGGUAACAGAGAAUCAGCAGCUCCACCCUAUCACCAAAUCUUCCUCUUGCUGGCUGGUUCAUCCUCCUGCAAGAGAGCAGCCGUCACAGCCUUCUGCUCCUCCUUCAGAGCACCAUUCAAUGUACCUCUGCAGAGACCUGGAGCCUUAUGUCAGUCUGGUGGCUGAGCUGGAGAAAGUGAAGGAAGAGGAGAAUAACGAGGGGUCAGAACAGAAAGAACAGACAGAUGAAGCUGUGAAAGACUCCACAGAGAAAUCGGAGGAUGGUUCCUCAGUGAGUCGUACAGGGCAGCACCCCGUUGUUUUCAACAACACUGCUUAUUACUACCUGUACAACCGCUUGGUAGAUUUCCUCACCAGUAGGGACAUUGUGACCCAGCAGGUAAACCAAGUGGUGAAGGCCUGCCAGCCUGGAGAGGUAGUGAUUAGGGAUGCUCUGUACCGGCUGGGAGUGGCACAGAUCAACACAGUGAAAGAAGAAGAUGAAGGAAGUGGGAUGGAGGGACAGACACAGCAGGGAGGGACAGAGACAUAUGAAGCUGCUCAGCCUGAAUAAAGAUGUUCAGGAUGAACAGCUGGCUGAAUCAACAGGAGGGGGAUAAUGUAACAAUGGCUGCAUGCAAAAGAGUGGACCUGCAGAUAAGUACCAGGGUGCAGAAAGUACCAGAGAGGAGGCCUGACAUGUGCUACUGCAUAUUUUAUCAACUAUCAGCUUUUAAUGAUAUGUAAGUUUACUAUGGAUACAAGAGGUAGAUUUUUAUAUAAGUGGACCUUAUUGUAGGCAAUGAGAAGAAUGCAGCAUGGUUAGUACAGUUGACUGUGAAGAUAGCAAAGAAGAAAUUUUAGACUAUACAUUACAAGUUAAUAUUUUAACCUCACUGACACUGAGUGUGACAGUAAGUAUGAGUCAGUAUUUGUGGAGAAUAAAUGUAUAAUGUGAUCAUUGAAAAUGACUAAAGGAAUUUAAUCUUUUUUUACCAGUAUGGUGCCAAGGGUUAAACAAAUGAAAAUGUAUGUGAAGGUGAUCCUUUAUUUUGACUGAAAGAAAAUAGACAGGAUGUUAAUAAGUCAGCUACUAAAUAUUUAAUCAUGAGUGAUCUGAUGUAUUUAUUGCCCUAUUGACAUUUAUGCUUUAUGCUUUUACACUCUUACCUCUCACCUGCCACUUGCUGCCUUUUGUACUGAUGUUGAAUGAUAAAAUAUGCAUAUUUUGAUUGUACUGUAUCAUAAUGUGAUGAUGGACAUUGUGGCCUUUGCUUUAUUUUGGACUGUGUCCGAUAUAGCAUUAAUACAUUAAGGAUAAUUCAUUAACUCGUAAACCAAUCAGGAGUCAGCCUUUGAGAAUAAACUGAAGAUACUUAAUGGGCCUGUCUGCUUUAGAAAUUAAAUGAGAUGCAAAUUAAACUGCAGAUGUAACAAAUUUCAGUGAGAAGUAUAAUGCUUCUACUUAGUUAAUAUACACCACC